CCGGCGCCGCGUCGCGGUAAGAUGGCCGAGGAGACAGAGUUACAGGAGAGAGGAGUCAUUCACCGGUUACUGAUCCGCCUCCCUACUCACAAUCUGUUCUGCAAAUUCUUGAGGUUCCUGGAGCUGACAGCCAGGUCCUGGUGGAUAACCAGCUGGCUUCCAUCAUGGUGCCCAACCUCCCUCACCCUGCUGAAGGUAGCGGAGGAGAAGAUGCUUCGGUCAAUAUCUAGAAAGUUCUCCAAACAAUACGUGCAAAUAUCCAACGGGAACAGGAUCUGGACACUGGUGUUUAAUGGGAGCGUGGAGAAGACGCCGCUGGUGCUCCUGCAUGGCUUUGGGGGCGGCGUGGGCCUCUGGGCCCUCAACGUGGACGUCCUGUCUGAGCACAGGCCUCUCUACGCCUUUGACCUACUGGGCUUUGGCCAGAGCAGUAGGCCACACUUCAGCACGGAUGCCCGCGAAGCUGAAGACCAGUUUGUUGAGUCCAUAGAGGAAUGGAGGGCCAGAGUGGGACUGGAGGCCAUGAUCAUGCUUGGACACAAUCUGGGUGGCUAUUUGACAGCAGCGUACUCGCUGAGGUACCCGAGCAGGGUGAAGCACCUCAUACUCGUUGAGCCUUGGGGUUUUCCAGAGAGGCCCGAACCGCCGGAGCAGGACCGGCCCAUGCCUGUGUGGAUCAGGGCACUUGGGGCCAUGCUGAGCCCCUUCAACCCACUUGCAGGCCUGAGAUUGGCGGGACCCCUCGGGCCCACACUGGUACAGACACUCAGACCGGAUUUUAAGAAGAAAUUCUCCUCCAUGUUCGACGACAACACCGUCACGGAGUACAUCUACCACCUGAACGUCCAGACCCCAAGCGGGGAGAGCGCCUUCCGGAACAUGACGAUUCCGUACUGCUGGGCACAGAGGCCCAUGGGCCAGCGGGUCGGCCUCAUCAGGCGGGACAUCCCCAUCACCGUCCUCUACGGCUCCCGCUCCAGCAUCGAAGGCAACACUGGCACCCUGAUCAAGGAACUGAGGCCCAACUCCUAUGUGGAGACCAUCGCCAUUCGCGGAGCUGGCCACUACGUGUACGCUGACCAAUCAGAGGACUUCAACCAGAGGGUCCUGCAGAUCUGCGACACCGUGGACUGAGCGAGGCUCAGCGGCUCGACCUGGGACCCCGGUUCAGGGGCUGAGUCUGAGGCAGGCCCCGUUGCUGUUUAUACCAUGCUGCUGAUGCAUUUUUUCUCUCAAGGCCUUACUGGAAACACAGUUACCUUGUCACAACUAGAAUGAUAUUUUUAUGAUUUUUAAAAUUUUUCUCACUGAAUCUCUGAGCUCGGCUUCUGCAAAAUGGCUGUUUUCGAAGGCCAAUUAAUCAAAUUUGGUUAUUUACCUUCAAGUUUCUUCUAAAUAGAGAAAAAUCAUUAACCCAGCACAGACUGAAUAAUGGGUUAUGUAGUUUAGUUUGGCAGUGAAAUGUAAUUUUAUUUGAACAUGUGAAUUGGCUGCAAUUCCCAAUAAUAUUCUCUGGGUCACUGCAGAUCCAUGGUUGAUGAGUUAUCCUCUGGUUUGGUAAGUUGCUGAAUAGUUAAGGCUUCUCUGCAACGUCGCAUGCGUUUGUAAUACACAUUUUAUGCGCAACAUUUUUAUCAGGCUUUUUCUUCUGCUGUUUUUGUUACUGCCCCUCUUUCUUGUGCUGCAACCUUCUGGAAGUUCCUGUUCUGUUUAUAAUUAAAUAGCAUCUUGACAGAUUUGUAAUUGCUGCACAUUUACCUCCGACAUCACUUCAGCAACUGCCGUUCAUCUUGUGUAGAUUGCCGGCUGUCAGGGGCUGAACUCAUCCUGGCGCUGCAUUUCCAGCUAGAUAUUUCAGGCUAGAUCGUUACCAGACCUUAACACAGCACCAUGAAUGUAAACCCCAAAUGGCAAGCUUGUAUUUUGGUCUGACGGUGCCUAUCCAUUUCUCUAGGAUGUAGAAAUUGCCAGAUGGAGAGGAUUUUCCCCUGUUAUCUCAACAUUUACAUUUGUAGAGAGGAAAUGUUCUGCACAGAAUCUGUUUGUGUACUUGUGGAGCCUUGCAAGUCUAAAUCUAGGAUUUUUAUUCAUGUGUCAAAUUUCUAGAUAUUUAUUUAAUCUAUUAUGUAAAGUGUCUCAAGCUAUGGAAGUUUAUAACUGGAAAGAGCUAUGCUGAGAUCAGUCAUUAAUGCCUAACUGCAAUAAGCCAUUCCGUCUUGGAAACUAUUGCACAGAGAUUUUACAGAUAAUGUUAUAUGUUGUUUCACAUGGAUUGUCCAUCUGAUACAACAAAAGCACACUGCUCACGUUGGUCACGUCUGCUAAUCUGUUCUCUUUCUCGAUUCUACCUCAAGUAUGCAAGUAUAACUUCUUGAAAAAUGCAACAGGAACUUUUUUUUCACACCUUUAUAAACAGCUGAGUUUGGAAUGACAUAACAGCUAAGUUUCCACAGCAUACUUCACCUUUGGAACAAAACGUUCAGAGCCAAGCGAUGUGAUGAUUUUGCAAAGGAGGGGAAUUUGCGAUUCCUCCAGCUUCCUGAGAAGUUUGUUCUCUUGUCGUUGAUGCUCAGGUUAGUGAUAUGUUACUGUUCAACCAUGCAAAUGUGAGAAUGUCACAAUCCUGUAAAUAUUUCAUAUUAAAAUGUUCUGCACCUCU